AUGGCCGAAGGCAAGUGUCCCGUCGCCCACAAUGUCGCCGGUGGCGGCACCAAGAACACCGACUGGUGGCCCGGCCAGCUGCGCCUGAACAUCCUCCGCCAGCAGAACCAGGUCUCCAACCCCCUCGACCGCGAUGCCGACUACCGCAAGGCCUUUGAGAGCCUCGACUACUUCCAGCUCAAGAAGGACAUUGCCGCCGUCAUGACCAACUCCCAGCCCUGGUGGCCGGCCGACUUUGGUCACUACGGUGGUCUGUUCAUCCGCAUGGCCUGGCACAGCGCCGGCACCUACCGUGCCUUUGACGGCCGCGGCGGCGGUGGCCAGGGCCAGCAGCGCUUUGCCCCGCUCAACAGCUGGCCGGACAACGUCAGUCUCGACAAGGCCCGCCGUCUGCUGUGGCCCGUCAAGCAAAAGUACGGCCAGAAGAUCUCCUGGGCCGAUCUGCUGCUGCUGACCGGCAACGUGGCCCUCGAGACCAUGGGCUUCAAGACCUUUGGCUUCUCCGGCGGCCGUGCCGACACCUGGGAGCCCGACCAAGCCACCUACUGGGGCGGUGAGACCACCUGGCUGGGCAACGAGGUCCGCUACGCUGACGCCGACAAGUCCAACGCCAAGGCGCACGCCGAGGGCCUCGAGACCCCCGUCGCCGCUGCUCACAUGGGUCUGAUCUACGUCAACCCCGAGGGCCCCAACGGCCACCCCGACCCCGUUGCUGCCGCGGAGCACAUCCGCGUCACCUUUGGUCGCAUGGCCAUGAACGACGAGGAGACCGUCGCCCUCAUUGCCGGCGGCCACACCUUUGGCAAGACCCACGGUGCCGCGGGCGGCGACAAGCAGGGCCCUGAGCCCGAGGCCGCCGGCCUGGAGGCGCAGGGCUUCGGCUGGAAGGGCGCGCACGAGUCCGGUGUUGGCCCGCACGCCAUCACCUCCGGCCUAGAGGUCACCUGGACCAAGACCCCGACCCAGUGGAGCAACCAGUUCCUGGAGUACCUGUUCAAGUACGAGUGGGAGCUGGAGAAGAGCCCCGGCGGUGCCAACCAGUGGGUUGCCAAGACCGACGACCUCAUCAUCCCCGAUGCCUAUGACCCCUCCAAGAAGCUCAAGCCGCGCAUGCUCACCACCGAUCUGUCGCUGCGCUUCGACCCGACCUACGAGAAGAUCUCGCGCCGCUUCCUCGAGAACCCCGACCAGCUCGCCGACGCCUUUGCGCGCGCCUGGUUCAAGCUGCUGCACCGCGACCUGGGCCCGGCCGCGCUCUACAUUGGCCCCGAGGUCCCCAAGGAGAAGCUCCUGUGGCAGGACAACGUCCCCGCCGUCACCACCCCCAUCAUCGACGCCUCUGACGUCGACGCCCUCAAGAAGGCCAUCCUGGGCUCCGGCAUCGCCCCCAACAAGCUGAUCGCCACUGCCUGGGCCUCGGCCUCGACCUUCCGUGGCUCUGACAAGCGUGGUGGUGCCAACGGUGCCCGCAUCCGCCUGCAGCCCCAGCGCGACUGGGCCGUCAACAACCCGGCCCAGCUCGCCGAGGUCCUCAAGGGCCUUGAGGCCAUCCAGGCCGACUUUAACAAGUCGGCUACCGGUGGCAAGCAGGUCUCCAUUGCCGACCUCAUCGUUCUUGGUGGCACCGCUGCCAUUGAGGCCGCUGCGAGCAAGUUCACCGGCCACGCUGUCACCGCGCCCUUCCUUCCGGGCCGUGGCGACGCCACUGCGGAGGAGACCGACAUCGAGUCGGCCGCUUUCCUCGAGCCCCAGGCCGACGGCUUCCGCAACUACGGCAAGUCCACGCCGCGCGCGCGCACCGAGGAGCUGCUGAUCGACCGCGCCCAGCUGCUGGGCCUGACCCCGCCUGAGCUGACCGUCCUGGUCGGUGGUCUGCGCGUGCUCGACGUCAACUACGACGGCUCCCGCAACGGUGUCUUCACCGACAGACCCGGUGUCCUCAGCAACGACUUCUUCGUCAACCUGCUGGACAUGGCCACCGCCUGGAAGCCUGCGACGUCGGACGACCACCCGGAGACUUACAUUGGCUACGACCGCGCCACGGGCAAGGACCGCUGGACCGCCUCGCGUGUCGACCUGGUCUUUGGCUCGCAGGCUGAGCUGCGCGCCCUCUCUGAGGUGUACGCCAGCGCCGAUGGUGCCGCCAAGUUCGUGAAGGACUUUAUUGCUGCGUGGACCAAGGUUGUGAACGCGGACCGUUUUGACGUUCAGGUAUGA